AUGUCUUCCAACGGAGCUGAGCGUCUGGCAAACAGAAAGCCUAUCAAGAAGCCCGUCCCGGCUUAUCUUCCCUCCCCAGGCUCAGUCCUCACCGUCGACAAGAGCUUGUACACUUCCAUCCGGGAAGCACCGCGUGACCUGAUUGAAGAAUUCACUCUACCAAUCCGAUCUGGGAAAGCAUGGAAAGCCCCGGCGGGCUGCAUUGUCAAGAUCAGCACGCCUGAGGGGCCGCAGGUUGGUGACUUGAAUAUCUGGAACGCUCAUAACCCGCGUGAACGCUUCUGGGCAUCUCGCACCAAACAACUCCACGCCUCACACAUCUCAACGUACGACCGUCUCUGGUCCAACCUGCCCUACAUGCGACCCCUGGCCACCAUAAUCGCCGAUACCUUAGAUUGGUACGGCACAGAUGAGCAUGGAGGUCGAGUGCAUGAUCUUCUCGGCACGCGAUGUGAUCCGUACAUCAACACUGUUCUCAGCGGAGGACAGUAUAACUUCCAAUGCCACUCUAACCUUACCCGCGCGGUGUUGCCAUAUGGUUUGAACGAGGGUGAUGUUCAUGAUGUUAUUAAUAUCUUUCAGGUCACAGGGUUAGAUGAGCAAGGGAGAUAUUUCAUGAAUCCUUGUCCGGCGGAGAAGGGUGAUUAUAUUGAGUUUUUGGCGGAGCAGGAUCUGCUUAUGGCUUUGAGUACGUGCCCUGGCGGUGACUUAUCGCUUUGGGGCUUUGGAGAGGAUAGUGAGGAAGAGAUGAUCAAGUGCUGUCGGCCCCUCAAGGUUGAAGUUUAUCGUCUCAAGGAUGAGUCUCUGCUGCAGAAAGGCGGAUGGAAAUCAGCUGAGGUAUCAGGAUAUAAGGGACGCCAUGGUUUAGAUGUCCCUCUUGGUGAGAACAGAGAGGAGAAGGCUUAG